UUUACAUGUUUCAAUUAAGCUUUCUUUUUUCGUCAUCUUGCUUUUCAAUCAAUGUUGAAGUUUCAAAUUUGAUCUGGAUAUGUGAAUAUUCAUUUAUUUUUCCAUUUGGAAUUGUUAUUGACGUUGGAUUAUCCUUUUAGUUGGCUGAUUGAGAUUGAUUUGGGUGGGUGAAUAUACCAAAUUUGAUUUGGGUAUGUGAAAAGGCAUAAUCAACAGUCUGCUUCAUUGUUCAAGGGUUAUUUUUGUCAUUUCAAUUAUGUAUAUGGCUAGGUGUCUUCUCAUUGGUUAAUCAGUAUUGUUUUUUCAAUUUCUUAGAUAACGUGUCUUUUUCUGGUAAAAUCAGUAUGCAUGUCUUCCUCCUAAUUCUUCAUUUAUGAUGAUUCACUGGUUACACGUCGAAGUUCACUCUCUUCAGCGUUCUCCAGGUAACGUGUCUUCUUCUGGUAAAAUCAAUAUGCAUGUCUUCCUCCUCCUGUGUCUUCCUUCUAAUUCUUCAUUUAUAAUGAUUCACUGGUUACACAUCGAAGUUCACUCUCUCCAGCGUUCUCCAAAUGUAGCAAUCAACAAUUUCUCUUUCAGAAUUCUGAAACAAAGUGACAUCACAAACACAAGUGAUACAUACACUCUUACUUUCUUGAUGAAACAAGCAGUAAACAAUAUAAAUUAGAAUUGAGCUCCUCCUCAUACCAAACAAUGAGUAUUUGUGUACUUUAGCCCAAAACAGAAGAGAAAGCCCAUUUCACCAAAUGUAGUACAAUUUUUAAAGUCCAAUGCCAACAAAAUAGUAUAAAUUUAAGGAAUCUCAUAGUGUAAUACAAUAAUUGUAUUCUGUCCCGACAAAUUUAGUAUUUACUAAUAAUCCCUUAAAAUUGUUGUGGCAUGAUACAUUAGUAUGUUGUGAUACAUGGUAAAUGAUACACCGUAACUUAAAACUGUUAAGAUUAAAAAGGGGAAAAACGGAAUAUUUAAAUUUGUUAUCUAAAUCAACUUAAAUUACGGUAACCGUUCAUUAAUAAGCAUUAAUUCAGCACGUAAUUGGAUAACAAUUUCAAAUUUUGAAAAUUCAAGAUUAUAUCAUCUAGUUUGAAGACAUUUUUAUGAACAUUCAGUUAUUAUACUUAUUGACUGAUACAUGAUAACAAUUUUUAAAAACUCGUGAUACAUAGAAAAUCAUAUGAUACACAUCAAA